AUGAAUCACCGUUCUGAUUCUGCCACUGCGAAUUCGCUAGUUAUAAUUGACGAGCUUGGUCGAGGGACGUCGACAUAUGAUGGUUUUGGGCUCGCUUGGGCUAUUGCUGAUGAUUUGCUUUCAAGGGUCAAGUGCUUUUGCAUUUUUGCCACUCAUUUUCACGAAAUGACCGAUCUUCAAGCCUUGUACCCUAAUGCAUUAAAAAAUAUUCGAGUCGAGACGCGAUUUGAUGAUAACGGCUUGCUUAUAUUGCUUUAUAAAGUGGUUUAUGGAGUGGCUGAUCGAUCGUUUGGUUUAAAUAUUGCUAAAUUAGUUGGAUUACCAGAUUCUGUUUUGGAGUCUGCAAAUGUUAUACUGAAUGAUUUGGAAAAUAGAGAAGUUGAUUAUAAAGCAAAGGAGGACGAUCUCAUUAGUUACUUAAAAACUUUGCGAGGCGAACAACUACGUGAAGAAAUUUUAGCGAAUUUGGCGCCUUCCUAA